UCAUGCAAAGUGCUGCGCGCGCUCCCGCGAGCUGCGCGCGCCGCUUGUCGGGAAGGGAGGCGCCAAAGAGGAAGAAUAUUCAACUUUACUGUGUGUGAAUGAAAACAAACCGUGACAAGUAUACUCGGAACAUCGGCGUCCGUCUAAUGACACCGUGACGAGCAGUUUAUCCUCCCGAGGGACUGAACACAUCGUUUCCUGUGUGGGACAAAGUUCGGAGACAUGGAGGCGGACAGUGUGAGCAUAUGGCCACGCAUGGAGCCCUUCUUACUGGGUGCCCUGCAGGUGGCUCCCACCUCCAAGCUCAGCCUGCACUACCUCCGGAAGAUGGCAGUCUAUGUCCAAACUCGGGAAGGCUGCUUUCCUGACCUGAGCUGGUCCAUGUGGCGGCAUAUCGCCUGUGGAAAGCUGCAGCUUCCAGAAGACCUGGCGUGGCUCUACUUUGAGACAUUCGACCUGCUUUUGGGUCACACUCCAGAGGAAAGGCUGGAGCGGGCAGAGUGCCUGUCCCAGUGCUCCUCCAAAAGCGAGUUGGACCAGCAAAGAAGUAAGUUGUCAGUGGACACGCUUCAGUUCCUCCUCUUCCUCUACAUCCAGCAGCUGAACCGCGUGUCUCUGCGGACGUCUCUGAUCGGUGAGGAGUGGCCCAGUCACCGAGCUCGCUCCCCCUCUCCAUCAGAGCGAGAGACCAAGGCCAGCUCUCAGAACAAGAAUUGGGACGAUCAGGCCCAUCUGUCGUUCGUUCAGAACCACUUGGCAGAUAUUUUGGAGCUGCUGGUAGAACCGGGGCAGUUGUCUCAGUCAGGACAGGCCAAAAGAGACUCUCAGAUCUCCCUGGAAGCCGUGCGGAGUUUAGGCCUCCUCCUGGAGGGCUCGGUUGGCCAUGGAAAAGGCAUCCAGCCCAUCCACAAGCUGUUGAUCAAAGGGCCGCUCCAAACACCGUCUGGCUACUCCAUGCUGAGCCGCUCCUUCCCUCUGCACAAACUCCUCUCAUGUCUCCAACAAAACCUCACCCUCAACCCGUUUGGGAUGACCGCCUGCCUCCGCUCGGGGAAGAAACUAGCCUGGGCCCAACAAGUGGAAGGAGCCAUGAAGAGAGCUAAGGUAGCCCGCAACACCCACAUGGCCCCAUCCGGCAGCAAGAUGGUGCUGAUGUCCCAGGUCAUCAAACAGACUCUGGCUAAAACAUCUGACAAGCUGACCGGCGCCAACAUCAAGAUCCACAGAUGUUCUGAUGCCUUCAUAUACCUCCUAUCUCCUCUCAGAUCCGUCAGUGUGGACAAAUGCCGUGACAGCACAGUGGUUCUGGGUCCAGUCCAGACCAGCGUCCACAUCCACAGCUGUCAGAACGUACGUGUGGUGUGUGUCGCCGGCAGGGUGUUGAUCGGCGCCUCCUCGCGCUGCACCGUCCACGCCCUGACCCCCACCUGCCCGCUGCUUCUGCCAGGAAACUCCGACUUAACCCUGGCUCCCUUCCACAUUUUCUACCCCUCCCUGGAGGACCACAUGGCCAGCGUGGGGCUCGCUGUGGUCCCCAAUGCCUGGGAUCAGCCCUUGGUUCUGGGAACCGAGGGCCUCGCCAGCCCCCCACUCAGCUCGCCCUCCAGCUCGGACAGCACCUGCUACCGCCUGCUGCCCCCCUCCGAGUUUCACACGCUGGCUGUGCCUUUCCAGAUGGAGGGCGACACGUGCGAGGUACCUGGCGGUCUGCCCCCUGCCUACCAGGCAGCACUGAGGGAAAAGCAGAAAAGGAUACACAACUGGCAGAAAACAGUGAUGGAGGCCCGACUGAACAAGGAGCAGAAGCAACAGUUUCAGGAGCUGGUGGAGCUAAAGUUCCACGAGUGGCUUUUGGAAACUGGCCACCGACAGGAACUGGACAGCCUGAUCCCAACCAUAGCCAACUCCCAGAAGAACUCGGACGGAGCGGCGACAGACUCCAGCCGGGCUAAAGACGCCAAACCUGUCCAGACGACUGCUGCUUAUUGAGCUCGUGACUCGCUGCUGUGUAGGGGCAUGUUUCUGACCUGAUCCAGAACACCGUACAGGCAGACUGCAUCCUUUGUGUGACGGGUUCUGGCUCGGGCAGUUGCUGCGCUGCAGGUUCAGGUGUGACCUGUUUUCAGGCUCAGAAAAGGCAGCUAAGUCCUCGACAUGAAAGAGCAGGCAAAGGAGUAGAUCGGCAUGCUGUAGAGCAACAUAGCAACAGGUUGCUGUUCUUGGAACAACACUUUUAAGGGGUAUGAAUACAAAAUGCACUGCAGAAAAUAUGCCAAGAUUUCAAUGGGCAUUUAGAGAAAAACGACUCCUGUUGUUUGGUCAAAGGACUGCUUAAAUUAGUUAAAGUAGAACAAGAGUUGUGAAGGUUUUUUUUUUUUUUUACCCAAG